AUGAAAAAUCCUUCGAAAAUGGCAAAGAAGGCAAGCUCCAAGACGAAAGGCAACAUCGAAAAAAAUUCUGAUCGUCAUGCACCAGCAGUUGUUGACAACUCGUUGGUAUCACGUGCUGUCAAUGCUCUUUUGAACCAUCACGAAAAGACUGCUGACGACAAACUUUCCUUACUUGGGAAUAAUCGUCCAGUGCAAGUUCAGGUCACGCUCUUGCGAGCUCCGGAGAAAUCUAACCCAAAACCCAUUAGGAUUCUCGUUCCUCAUCCUCUAUUUAAGGUUAAUGGCACCAGCGAUGAUGCCUUGGAAGAUCCAGAGAUCUGUCUCAUCGUCAAGGAAGAAUCGAAGCCUUGGUGCCAAGAGAUGAUAGAGCAGUUUUCAGAUCACAUGGGUUGCAUUAAGAAGGUACUGGGACUUCAAUCUCUUCGAAAGAAGCAUGCCCAGUUUGAGCAAAGGCGCGAAUUAUUGAAUAAAUACAAUGUUUUUAUGGCUGAUGAUCGCAUCUUGCCAAUGUUGACAAAGUCACUUGGAAAAGACUUCUUCAAGGCAAAGAAGCAACCCAUUCCAAUCAAUUUGACAAGGAAAGAAGCUUUACCGUUUACUAUUCAAAAGGCGCUGAGUGCAACUUAUAUGACGCUGUCAGCUGGAACAUGUGUGACCAUCAAGUGUGGACACACAGGAAUGAAACCUGAGGCUUUGGUCGAAAAUGUUGCUGAAAUCGCAAAGAAUGCAGUUCCAAAGAUUCCUCGAAAAUGGGCGAAUGUCCAAGCAAUUUCAAUCAAGACUCCAGAAAGUGUUGCUCUUCCAGUGUAUAGCAAGGUUCCUUCACUGAUGAACGAAAUCGAUCAGGAGAUGGAUCUGAAUACGGAGGAGAAAGAAAAGAACAAAGUAGACAAGCAACAAAAUCCACCCAAGAAAGACGAUGCUGUUCAGAAAAAGAAAACCAAGAGCCCUCUUCUCCAAGCUCUGAAAAAAGUUGACAUCGAGAAGAAAAAAAAGCGUAAAGAAUCAAGCGACAACGACGAUGUCAAAAAAGAAACUCCAGGGAACAAGAGGAAGAAGGCAGGAGAAUCCAGCGGCAAACAGAAGGCGGAGCGAAAGGACUUCAUUGCUGCUAAAACAUUUCAGGGAAGCAAGACUGGCUUCGUGUUCAGAAUGGGUAUAAGUGGCCUUGGUUACUACAAAGAUGUCAAACCAGUUGUUGAUAGGCUAGCAAUGGAGGCAAUUAAGAGAAUGGGAAAGGGCAGUGCAAAGAAGGGUAGACGCAGCAGACGAUCUUAUUGA